CAAGGCCGCCGGACGCACACCGACCGAAGAAGAUUGAUACCACUUUUUUUUUUGCGGCGGAGUAAAAUUGCAAAACCUGCUCGCCAAACCGAGAGAAACUGCGAUUUUCUAAUCCUGUAGGAAGUAGUGGUCGUUUUCCCGGUAGUAUUUUGUUCGAAGCAGGGUUCCUGUUACGUUGGACGAGAAUAGCACAAGAGAAAAAGAGGAUGGCGGACACAUCUGCAGUCGGAGGAGCCGAUUGGAUCAAAAAGGCGGAGGACCAGGAAAUUUCGACUCUGGUGAACGAAUUAAACCUUGAUAAGGAAAAGAAGGAAGUCGUCGAAAGUCCUAAGAAGGAGGUUGCGGCGGAGAAAGCGAGCGAAGAAACAGCGACCACAGAGGCGACGGGCUCCAGCACAGUUGUUACGGUUACUGCUGCACCAUCGGAGCCGGCAACAGCGGUAAAAGAGGAAACAGCUACCAGUGAAAAUGGAGAAUCCGUGCCCUCCAGUGAAGAUGCGGAAGCUUUCAAUCCAGCGGAUGCGAGUCUGCUGAUGAAGAUCAUUCGUAAAGGUUUGGUGGAAUCGAAGUUGGACCUGGAAGUACAGCGAAAGGAUCCCUCUUCGCCGCUGUAUUCGGUAAAAACAUUCGAAGCUCUGCACCUGAAACCGGAAUUGCUGCAGGGAGUGUACGCUAUGGGUUUCAAUGCGCCGUCCAAGAUUCAGGAAACGGCCCUGCCAACUCUGUUGGCCGAUCCACCGCAGAACAUGAUUGCUCAGAGUCAAUCGGGAACGGGUAAGACGGCUGCCUUCGUGUUGGCCAUGCUCAGUCGGGUGGACCCUCGAAAGAACUAUCCUCAGGUGAUUUGUCUAUCGCCGACGUACGAGUUGGCCAUUCAAACCGGAGAGGUAGCGGCCAAGAUGGCAAAGUUCUGUCCGGAGAUCAAGCUGCGCUACGCCGUCCGAGGGGAGGAAAUUGCCAAGGGAGCCAAACUGACCGAUCACAUCAUUAUCGGGACGCCGGGCAAGCUCAUGGAUUGGGGUAUCAAGUUCCGGGCGUUCGAUCUGAAGAAGAUUAUGGUGUUCGUGCUGGACGAGGCGGACGUGAUGAUUGCUACCCAGGGCCACCAGGACCAGUGCAUUCGGAUACAUAAGCAGCUGUCGUCGCAAUGUCAGAUGAUGUUCUUCUCGGCCACGUACGAGCGGGAGGUGAUGGAAUUUGCUGAAUACAUCGUACCAAAUCCGAUUGUGAUUCGCUUAGCUCGGGAACAGGAAUCGCUGGACAACAUUAAACAGUACUACGUCAAGUGCCGCAAUCAGGACGACAAGUAUCAGGCGAUUUCGAACAUCUACGGAGUAAUUACCGUCGGACAGGCGAUCAUCUUCUGUCACACUCGCAAAACGGCCAGUUGGUUGUCCGGCAAGAUGUCCCAGGACGGCCACUCGGUUGCGGUCCUUUCCGGUGAGCUGACGGUGGAACAGCGACUAGCUGUUCUGGACCGUUUCAGGGCUGGACUCGAGAAGGUUCUGAUCACAACGAACGUCCUCUCUAGGGGUAUCGACGUCGAGCAGGUUACCAUCGUGGUCAAUUUUGACCUACCCAUGGACCAGCACGGUCGGGCGGAUUGCGAAACCUAUCUGCAUCGUAUCGGACGCACCGGUAGAUUCGGCAAGAACGGUAUCGCCAUCAACUUGGUCGAUAGCGAUAGGAGCAUGUCGAUUUGUAGGGCGAUCGAAGGACAUUUCCACAAGAAGAUCCAUCUGCUGGAUGCGGAGAAUUCGGACGAAAUCGAAAAGAUCGGAUCCUAAUCGCUUUUCUCCGUACUGCUCCGUGUUAUUUUUGGUUAAUCCUAUGUUCCCAAGCGCCUACGAAUUCAUUUUUGGCUAUCUGUUCCUAUGACAAGAGCGGUUAGAUAGAGUUUAUAUUUUACCUACUACAACUUGCUUGAGUGCCAGUUGGGACGAUUCAAUUGGACUAUUUGCAUUUUUCCUCCCUCUAAUGACACAUUCAGAAAGAUCGACCUUGAUUAGUUAUCAAAUGGCAUAAGUACUGCACUGAAGCAAGGAACUAUAAAACUAUGCAGAACGAAAGUUUUAAACGAUUUCACCCGUUUCAUUUAUGCCGAAUGUCAGAUUAAAUUUAUUGCAGAUAACAAAUGGAGAGGAUAGAUAAGAGCUGAACAAAUAU